CAUUUAGUACACAAAACGUAAUGUCUUUAGAAUAAUUACAUCAUCAUAUUUAACGCCAAAUGUUAUUCUUCGAAGGGAAACAAAAUUAUAUCAUAACACAACAACAUUAAUGAAAGAGAGACCAAUUUAUUCUGCGGUCAAUGAUCGGCUUAUAGUUGAUUCCGAUGCUAAUAUAUCUCCAUCACAAUUUCAAAAAGCGAAAGCAUACAUGAAAAUUGAUAAAUUAAAUCGCAAUAAAUGGGAAAAACCGGUGUCUCUAUUCACAAAGGAUUAUAAUAUCAAUUCUUCGGGAAAAACUAAAGAUGAUUCGUUGUUUUCGUUCAGAUCAAAUAAUGAAAAAAAUGAUCUUCUGUCUGGUACAAAAUGGAAUAAAUCAAAUACUUCAAAUUUAAAUGACAAUACGGUAGAAAGAAAUUGGUCAAAACAUGAAUCCGGUAUACUUGAUAAAAAUAGAAGUUAUAGAAAGAACUUGUCAAAAACAAAUAGGAUUAAUGAUAGAUCUAAAGGUUCAGGAGGGAAAACCUAUGAAGGAUCGAAUAGAUCGGAAACAUUUAAUAAGAAUUCUAAAAAGAAUUUGACUGAAUCAAAAUAUAUUGAAAGUAUUGAUUAUAAACCUAUGGAAUCUCCGGAAUUAAAGUAUUUGAACAAACAUUUAGAAAAACAUUCUGCUGAGGAGAAAAAGGUGCAACCAAGGCUUUUUCAAAUUGAUCAAUAUCGAAAAGAAAUUGAUAUCAAGCCAGAAAACAAAGUAGAUUUUGUUUCUGCUUUAACUGAAUUAAAAGCGACUCAAGAGAUCAAUGUUGAAGGCGAGGAUGAUCCAUCGGCAUUCCGUGCGCGUCAAAAAUUCUCUUUUAAAAAAGAUAAAACUUUGGAGACAUUGGUGCAUCGUAAACCGAAGUUUUUUAAAAAAGAGCGCGAACUUCAAGAAGAAGAGGAAGGAUAUUUUGAUAGUUUUGAUAUGGAUUAUGAGCUUGAUAAGUCAAAGAAAAAAGAUCAAGCUCAUCAAAUAAAACAAAAACUACAAAAAGAAAUAUUUAUUCCUGAUGCCAUCAGCGUCUCGAAUUUGGCGAAAAUUAUUGGCGUACAAUUAGCAUCUUUUGAACAAAAGUUACAAAAUCUCGGAAUCGAAUAUGUCUCGCACGAUCACCUGUUAAAUGCUGAAGAAGCGUCUUUGAUUGCUAUGGAAUAUAAUUUAAAUCCUGUGGUUAAUUCAGAAGCAGCAAUUGAUCUAUUUUCAAAACCAAAACCGGUCGACAUGUCUAAAUAUCCUCUCCGAUCUCCAGUAGUUGCAAUAUUAGGUCAUGUAGAUCAUGGUAAAACAACUUUAUUGGAUACAUUGCGAAAAUCUUCUGUAGCAGCUGGGGAAGCAGGCGGAAUUACUCAACACAUUGGCGCCUUUUCUGUUACGUUGCCUUCAGAAAGAACAAUUACGUUUCUUGACACUCCUGGUCACGCUGCAUUUUCUGCCAUGCGCGCACGUGGUGCUCACGUAACUGAUAUAGUAGUUUUAGUAGUGGCAGCUGAUGACGGAAUUAUGCCCCAAACCCUUGAAGCUAUUAAACAUGCGAAGGAUGCUGGAGUGCCAAUGAUAGUGGCUAUCAACAAAAUCGAUCGGCAUAAUGCAAACUCGCAAAAGGUUCGUGAAUCUCUUCUAGCUAAUGGGGUGGAAUUAGAGGAAUAUGGCGGAGAAACGCAAUCGGUUGAAAUUUCAGGCUUAACUGGACAAGGGUUGGAUCAACUAGAAGAAGCUAUUAUAACACUUGCUGAAUUAUCUGAUUUGCGUGCUGAGGUUGAUAUCGAAGCCGAAGGUGCUGUUAUUGAAUCACAAAUGGAGAAAGGAAAAGGGUAUGUUGCAACAAUCUUGGUGAAACGUGGAACUUUGAAACAGGGAGAUAUUAUAGUAGCAGGCACAACUUGGUGUAAGGUUCGAAUGAUGACUAACGAGAAAGGUCAAAUAAUUAAAAAUGCUUUGCCUAGUACUCCUGUUAAAGUUAUUGGAUGGAAAGAGUUACCAGUUGCUGGAGAUGAAGUAUUUCAAGCCACAGACGAGGAACUUGCCAAAAUUGUUGUUGUUAAUAGAAAGUUGAAAAGUUCACGUGAACAGCAGCUCAAAGACUUAGAAGUAAUUAAUGAGAAGCGGAGACAACGAAAACAUGAGCUGGAUACCGAAAGAGCUAACUCUAGAAACUUCAAGAAAGAAGUAUGGAUGUUCCAUCAAGGUUUUCUCAAAGAAUAUCCAAUGGCAGUUCCACAUAAACAAGAUAUAAAAGAGGAAAAAUCUUUGCUGGAUACCAAUAUUAGGGAACUUAAUGUUGUUAUCAAAGCCGAUGUAAGUGGUACAUCCGAAGCUAUUAUAGAUGCAUUACACGGUUUGGGUAAUAAAGAAGUUCGUGUCAAUAUAAUUGAUUCAGGAGUUGGCGAUAUAACAGAAUCGGAUAUUCACAUGGCAAACAUAUCUAAAGCUCUAGUACUAGGCUUUAAUGUUAAAGCCGACAAAAAAGUUCAAUUACAAGCAAGGAUAGAUAAUGUCGAUAUGAAAUUUUACGAAGUUAUAUAUCAUCUUUUGGAUGAAAUUAAAGAACAAUUAAGUGAAUUGUUACCACCUAUUGUUGAAAAACAUGUUACGGGUGAAGCAACUAUAUUACAAAUAUUUCAAAUCAAUGUCAAAAACAAGGAAUUUAAGCCAGUUGCUGGCUGUCGUGUAACAAACGGGUCAAUAUUUAAGAAUCAAAAAGUUAGAAUACUUAGGGAUAAUAAUCAAAUAUGGGAAGGCUCCCUGGAAACAUUGAAACAAGUAAAAAAAGAUAUUAAUGAAGCAAAGAAAGGUUUAGAGUGUGGGAUAUCAUUUGAAGGUUUCGCCGAUUUUAAAGAAGGAGAUUUUAUCCAAAGCAUAGUUAUUAAAGAAAUUCCUCGUAGUUUGUAAAAUAAUUAUCACAUGACAAAAUAAAAACGUACACACGUGUUAGUCAGUGCAGAGCUUCUUAUUUCGGCAUAGUUAAUAUAUUCGUGUAACAAUCAUUCUUAAAUAAACCCGCGAGAAAACCUAU